AUGCCCGCAGGCCAUCGAAGCGACCAUCUCAACAACAUCGCUGGUUCCUUGAGGACGCUGCGAAUGGUCCGCUUGGCGCGGAUGGUCAGACUUGUGCGAGUCUUGCGAAUUGCGAAAUUCGCCCGCCACUCCGAGGUGCUCAGUGUGGUGGUCGAGAGUCUUGUUGAGUCCAUCAGCGGCAUUUGGGUCCUCGUGGCUUUUGUCAGCAUGUGGGCCUUGAUCAGUGCCACCGUCGUGUAUGCUGUGGAGUCAGAGCAGCCAGACACAGACUUCGACUCAAUCCCUGCAGCCAUGUGGUGGUCCAUGGCCACCAUCUCCACCGUUGGCUAUGGGGACAUGGUUCCUGAAACCGCAGCCGGAAAGGUCGUGGGUGGAGCGUCCAUGCUGGGCGGUAUACUGAUCACCUCGAUUGCAGUUGCUGUGAUCACCACCACCUUCACGGAGCACUACCAGGAUAAGUGCCGCAUGCGUGAGGCAAUGAAGCUCGACAGGAUUCAAAGACGAGAGGACGAAGAAGGCCUAGGCCCCAACGGCACACCGCCUCCGCAGUCUUCCGGAAGGGAAGCGGAGAAUCCUAUCGUUGCCUGGGAUUUGAUGGAGAAGGAUGUCUUGAGGCACAUCAUUCGCUUAGAAGCGGAGCUUCUGGACAGACCACUCCGCGAAAGGAACACCAGCAACAGCAUGGCCAUACAGAUGCUGGAGGAGCAAGCGAAGAACCUCUUCAAGCAAGGGAAAAGCUUAACACAGCAAGUCAUGAUGGAAAAGAUGAGUCGCAUCACUGACGGGGAGGUUGCCGAAGAGCCUCCCGGAGAAAGAGGCGAAAGCAAAGCCAACAUAAUCUCCAGUGUUUGA